CUCGGGACGCAGGGUUCGCUCGCGGACAAUAAAUCUGGCCCCACUCUUGCGACCGGCCGGCGGUAUAUGUACGUAGAUGAUGUGUAUAUCAUAUGUUGCAACGGGCAAAAUGGCCAUCAGCCAUAGUGACCACCUGUUCGUAUCCCUGACAGUUGUUUUCUGCCUGCUGUCGUCGCUCGCUCGUGUCUCGGAUUCGUACGAUUACACCGGCGACUCGAGACCGCCCGGGAAGAAGCUCGCGGUCUCACAGCACGGGAACAACACUCAGCGGUUACCGAAUUACAACUGGAAGCCGCCCGACAAGCAGCAUGGCCCGAGGGAGGAAUCGUCGGGCAAGAAAGCGGCGACGGAAUUUACAAAAGCCGAGGAUCCGGGACAAAGGGCGACGGAUCCGCGGAUAAAGAAAAUGCAGGAGAUAAGACGACAGGAGAGAGAAAAAUGGCCGGGGCGCAAAAGAGACGAAGAAAACGGGCGACUCGGCGUCCUCGACAUUGUCGAAGGAACUACGAGAGCGAGCGAACUUGCGAGGGAUGAAUCGAUCACGACAUUAAUUCCCUCGGAAAGCACGGAAUCUCAUGGAAACGGCGAGGAAGGAUCGGGCUCUUCCGAGCAUUUGUUUCGGAAGGGCGAUGAAUCGCCUAAAGCGACCGCGCGAGAGAUCGGCUCCUCCGGCCCGCGGAAGCCCGCGCAACAUCGGCCGGCGAAUCAGAGCGACGCGAGCGACACGAAAGCUUCCCAAAAUUCCACGGAAUUGAGAUCGAAACAAUCCACGAGUGCCAACGAGUCGUCGCGCGAGAAGGUCAGCAGUCAUCGUUGGGGCAUGAGCGUGAAGAAACCGCCCGCGGGGUUUCUCCGGGAUGCGUACGCGACUCAUCAACGCGACAAGAAGGCAGACAGGCCGUCCGAGAGUAAGAGGAAAGCCGAGAAGGAGCAAAGCGUCGCGACGAAGAAUCAGGAGAAAAGCAAGCCCGAGAAGGUCCGAGAAGGUCUGCUCGGCUCCACGGUGAACUCGCACGGCAGGCAGCCGACCUCGCAUCGACCGAGGAGCCGAGAUACCCUUGAAAGGCGCAAGGGUUCGCAUGGAAAUUCGAAAAGCCCAAAAGACAACGGGAGUUUGAAGCGCGAGAAGCAUCGUCUCGAGCAACACCCUGCGCGGGAACAUCCCGCGAAGAAACAACCGAGACAAUCUAGUCUCCCCCGAGGUGGCAGCGAGGGAAGCAGCGAGAGCUGCGACGAGGAGGAGAGGAUGGAAAAGGGCGACGAGGAAGGUCAUGCCGGCGGGAAGGUCGUAACGGCGGGCUCGUCGACGCGGAAGAGCAAGGAGGAGAAGGAGGACGAGGACGAGGACGAGGAGACGACGGAUGAUACGAGGGGAAAGGACGCGACGGAGAAACCGCUGAAUCACAGGAGAUCGUUUCAGCCUGGUAGAUGGGGCAUGAGCGUCUCGUCGCCGCCCGCGGAAUUUCUGAGGGACGCGUCCUGGCGAGCGAUGCAUCGGAAAAAUAAGGAGCGUGCCGGCGACGGAGAGGAGGAGGAGGAGGAGGAGAAGGAGGAGGACGAAAGGGUCCAUCGGACUGAUCGAUGGGACGUGAGCGGCUUGUCUUCGCCCGGCGAGGAAUUCCUCGGGGGUAUGCCGGAGCUGCCGGCGCGAGGACGCGGGAGCGGACGCUCGACCGUGAAAAGUGGGUCAAGGCCGGGCGAAGUCAAAGGAUCUCCCGCCGAUCGACCGCCGGCUGCUCAAAGGCCGCCGGAUUUGCAAGGAGCGAACCGCGCUAAUGAGGACUCGGCGAGCGCUGCGCUCGCAGCAGCACUUCCGAACGAGCCGGGCGAUCAUCUCGCCGAUGUCCCGAGGACUCAUCAUCAGCAACGUCGUCCCGACGAUAUUGAUUUUAAUAACAAUCCCAGGGGCAGGAUUCUGAUUCACCAGAUCAUGGCUUUGUGGUCCUACAUCGGCUGCGGCGCGGACUCGCCGGCGGCGGACGCGCAUUAUCGAGUGCGAUCCCCCGGUUCCUCUCUUCGUAAAUAAUUUCCUCGUCAAUCUGUAUGUCCUGCCCGCGGAGAAUCGUUCCGGAAGCUAUCGGCGCGGCGUUUGCGGCACAAAUCAGCACAAACAUAUAGCACAAUACGGGAUAAAUAUGGAAUAAAGAAAAACUCAAAAUUCGAAAAGUGCGGGGCUACUAAAAAUUUAGUUUUUCUUAAUUUUUUUGAGUACGCUUUGAGAGUUAUAGAGUUGCGGAUUGCGGCA